CGUCGUUUCAGCUGAAGGGGGGAAGCCAUAGCUAAAAUCCCACGUGCCGCGACUGUACGGCAGCAUCACAAGCUACUAGCGGAGACAGACAGAGAUUGCCAUGUCAGACCCGUUCGGAGACAGCAACCCCGUGGAGGACGAUGUUCCGCAGGAGAUUUCGGACUUUGCACCGCCUGCCGACAACAGCGGAGAUUUCUACGAGGUUGAGCCGACCGAAGCCCACACAAAUGGGGAGUACGAAGAGCACACGGAGCAGAGUUUCGACCAGCACACGGAGGAGAGCUACCAGCCCAUGGACUUCGCUCCCGCCCCCGUAGACACGCAUGCCGACUUCCAGGCCGAGAUCCCGCCUGCCCCCAUGGAGAUCCCCGCUCAGAUCCCCGCUGUGGAGGAGGACAACGAGCUCACCAAGUUUAUGCGUGAGUACGAGGAGAAGAUCGCGCUGAAGGCACAGGAGCAGGAGAAGGUGGCAAUUGAGUGCAAGGCCAAGGCCGAGGAGGACAUGGCCCAGUUCUUGGCCGAGCGCCAGCGCAUCAAGGAGUCCAAGAUGCAGUCCAACCGCGUGUUCGAGCAGGCCACACUGGAGAAGAUGGUGGCGGACCUGAAGAACGAGAACCCGUGGGAGCGCGUGGUGACGCUGGUGGAUCUCGAGACGAGCCGCAAGAAGAAGCUGGACGCUCUGAACAACAACAAGAAGGACUCGAAGAAGCAGGACCCCAAGCCCGUCGCCGUGCCCGCCAAGAAGACACCCGAGGACGAGGAGGACGUCUCUAGAAUGCGACAGCUUUUCGUGCAACUUAAGGCUUCGCCGCUCGAGCAGACGCGUGCUGACGCCGUAGCUGCUAAUUAGACGAUCUGCCAGCACGACAGAGAUCAAUUUAUCGUCUCGAGCAGGAAAUAAUCCGAAUUUAGGGAUGUGAGCUGGUCGUUUGAUUUUCUGAAGAUACUUUUUUUUUCAGCCAUGACACGUGUUUGCGUUGUGCCUAGGCUAACAAAAC